CGAUUCUCUAAAAACUGCAGCUUGCUGAGGUGUUCCGUCACAAAUCAUCAUCGCUAUUCUCAAGUAUGGACGCGGAAAUACGCCAACGACUCAUCGAUGCCGAGGGAGGUCUGUUGUUGGCCUUGUCUGAUGAGAGGCGCUUGUUGCCUUUCCAUUCUACGUGGGCAAAACUUCAGGAAGACAUCGCCGGCAUGAAGUGUCAGGGUGAACUCACAGAGGAAACGCUGAUGCUGGCGCACGUAGUAGCAUCUCGCAUCUCCAUGAUUGCACAAUGUUGUCUUGAAAUGCAACAGGAGCAAAAGUUGCUUAUGGCUGAGUUGGCAAGUGGCGUGGAGGAUAUUCUGAACGGGCUAGACGACGUUUCUAUCACAUCAGUCUCGCAACAAAGCGAAGAGAGAUUCGUUCCUUUCAUCGAAACAGCUUAUAACUGGCUGCUUCAGAACAUCCAUAACCCAUAUCCUUCCACGCAAUUCAAGGCAUCUGUCGCUAAGACUUGCAGUUGUUCACAGAAUUCGGUGAACACUUGGUUCAUCAACGCGCGGCGACGCAUUGGUUGGACAUCUUUGUGUCGCGAGCAAUUCCACAAUUGCCGAGCCGACGCCCUGGAUGCCGCAUACCGUGCUCUCGUUCGACCUGAUCCAGCACGUCCACUGCCUGCAAUUAUAAUCCAGGCUUUCGAAACUGUUAAGGCUAAUACGGAGGGACUAUACUCGUCGACGGUUGCCUGGAGCGCCAACACCAAAGGUCUCGAUGCUUCUGCGGAUGUAACGGAAUACGGCAAACAGAAAUCUACUGAUGAAGAUAAUGCGCGGCAGGGAACAUGCAGGACAAAAGGAAACGCGCAUACACGUCACGAGAGCUGGUGUUCCGAAACACCGACAUACCCUUCUCCUUUCUCAUCCCCACCGCCUCCAGCAUUUGCCAUCCCUACUCUCAUCCCUUCGCUUUCAGAUGAAAGCGAUGAUGAAGACCAGGACGUCGCGCCUCCCGUUCUAGCCGGCCGUAAACGUCGAGCAAGUCUAUCAGAAGACCAAUGUACUACUCGCACCGAACGCCAGAAACGCUUACGUGUCCGGUCUCCCCUAACCCCAAGUACUAGUGCAAGCGAGCCUUUGUCUCCUUCGUCCGACGAUGGAACCACUACUCAACCUUCAAUAGGAACGCAAGUUAACUGUGUACUGCCUCGGUCUCGUAAGCGGCGGCUUUCUGAAGGCGCUGAAUACAACCUUCCCAAGCGCCCCCGUGGUUCAUCUGUUGAGCCCCGCCUUCAGGUGGUUUCCGAUCCGCUUCCGCGAACGACAUCGAAUGAAGGUGAUAUCGAGGAUUGGUUUCAAACGAAUUUUCAAACACUAUUUGACCUUCCUCCUCCUGUCGAAUGCUUGGAUCCUGACCCCUGCAUGCAAUGGGAAUUCUUGUUUGGCGGAUAUUCGAUACCUUCAGCCUCGCUCCAGAGUCAGCCUCAUUUGAUGCAUUCACCACCGAGGUCCUCUGAGGUUGUGCUACAUGAUGUAGAGGAGCGUGGUGGCGAUUGUAGCGGCUUCGACGACCUCUUCUUACCCCUUGAAAAUGAGGCUUGUGAAGAUGCAUUGUCAGGUAUACAGUCAUCGGCCCUCCAGCCCUUCCCUGAACACCAAUUCGCGCUGUCUGACGGAACGCCGUCCGUGGGAGGUGUAUCAUUUCUUGACGACUGGGUAACACUCUGUGAAUCUACCCCUCAGACGGAGGGUGUCGGUACUUAUGCUCCUGAACCGAGCUUCGAGUUCCCCGACCUCUUGGUGUCACAACCUUCGGUAAAUAUCCAGUUAGGUCAUGCGGCCCUUAUCCUCGGGGAUAUUGGUUUGCCUGUUGGUGCUUGACAUCGCGACUCCACACUAUCCUUAUUCAUAAAUAUGCGUCAUUGCUGUUCUGCUUUCGAAUGCUGCUACUCACUGGUGAUUGUUGUCCUGUUACUGCUCCACCUACUUUCUCUCAUUCGCCAUCCAUGUUUUUUGGUGUAUUUUUUAGAUUGUAUCUAUAAAACAUUUUUAACAUAAUGUAGACACGGAUUAAGGGUACAACGUGGUCCUGUUUCGCUCAAGGUGUGCUCCGGCCGCUGACCUUGGCCGCCUACGUAUC